GGGGAAAAGCGCAACAUAGAGCGGCCGCCCGGACCCUUUCCUUUCAAGAAUCCUACUGAUCCACUCCGCCGAAUGCGCCUCGUCCAGUCCAUGUCCUUCUCUUCUUCGACCUCCAAUAUCCAGUCCAGUCCUCGCCUCGUCCUUCCUUCAGCCCUUUCCCUUUCCUUCUUAACGUCUCCCACUCCCGUCUUACUACCGAAUCCACUUUCUGUCAAAAUUUUAUACUCCAUUCCCCACUCUCCGAAGAGAAGUCAGCAGCAUCUGUGAUCUAGGCCGCUUCUAUAUCGAAACUAGCUCUUCUGUCCUCAUCUGGCUUAUCUGUGACUCUCAUCUGCCGCCGUUGUCACCACAGAGACCCAUACGGGAUACGACUACCGCGCGCCUAGGUAAUGGCAGAGAACUCUCUGCAUCGACGGCUUUAAAACAGCAAUAGCAUAUCGCACAGUGCGACGGCUCUAAAACGGCAGGAGCAUACUCUAUGGUGCGGCGGAGCGCGCCGGCAACUCACCGCGUGCUCGGUGCUGAUAAUGGUAACACCCACCCGAUCCCGACUAUAACAACAACGACUACCACCGCCACCAUGUCGACGACAACCUUUCAACGUGUGCACCGCACUCCAAAGGUCAAGCAAGCAUGUGACUGCUGCCACGCUAGGAAGAUUAAGUGCGACGGAACGUGUCCUUGCAGUCACUGCGCCGUCGCCGAGCUCCAGUGCACAUAUCUCACCGUGCCGAAAAAGAAAGGGCCGAAAGGACCCUCGAAACGCACCCCAAGGGCCAUUCUGAAGAUGCAAAUGGAGCAGCAACGGAACGGAAUACCCCCCGCUGUGUCACCGACGCAACAUAUACCGCCCCGCUCCUCCUCCAGCAUCUCCUCUCCCCCCAGCAGCGGCAGGACAUCCAACGAAUACGGCGUCAGCUUCGAGCCCUCCCCGCUCCUCACCACGGCUCUUGUCGAGCAGUUCGCCAAGAGCUUCUUCAAGCACAAGUACCCCCUCACCCCCAUCCUCCACAAAGGCGACUUCUACGCCCACACCCUUCCCCACUUCCGCACGUGCCCCUCCAAAUACGCCCUCGUUGCCUCUCUUUGCGCUGCAGCGCGCACACAGGUAAACCAUGAUCAACAAGCGGAUCCCUCUCUCUCCCUCGGCGCCACGCCCCUCACUACCGCUUACUUCAUCAACGAAGUGCGGCGCGCGCGCGCUAUGCACGAUUACGUUGAGACGCCCACCCUUGAAGACGCGCAGGCUAGCUUCUUCAUCUUCGCCGGGCUCUUCGAUUGCGAUAAGCAUAACUCGGCUUGGUUCCAUCUGCGUGAAGCGAUCACGCUGAUGGAGGCGCUGAGGCUGCAUGAGGAGGCUACAUACGUUGGCAUGCCGGCUCGAGAGGCCCUCUUCAGCCGCCGCACAUUCUGGCUCCUCUUCAUCACGGAGCGCGCAUAUGCACUGCAACGGCAUCGGCCACUGAGUCUGAAUGCCACGAUCGAACUACCUACCGCUACGACGGUUGACGACGAUCCGGAUGCGGAGAUCAUAUCGGGGUUUCUGGACCUCCUCGCGCUGUUCAGGAAUUUCAAUAGCGACUUCGUGUCUACAUGGAACAGCUCGUCGCAUUCCCCGCUGUUCUCGUCGUCGUCGGCGUCCAUCUCGGCGGCGCAGCUGGCGGAGCUGCAGGAUACGCUUGCCCAGUCCGCACCGCCUGAGGGCUCACAGAGGACUGAGAUCCAGAAGGCUGAUCUCUCCAUCACGCGCCUCUGGCUCUCAACAAUGACCUGGCAACUCUGCGUCGCGAAAGGUCUCCUCUCCUCCUCCCCCACCACCCCGCCCUCCCUCUCCUUCCGCUACCCCAUCACCCUCUCCGCCUCCCUCGCCGCCGUCGCCGCGCCCCUCACCCCCACCGCCUUCGACGCCAACGGCCCCGGCAUCCUGGAGAAGAUCUUCGACAUCGGCUGUUCGCUAGCGGAUGUGCUCCUCCUCCACCCGCCGCGCGCGGAGGCAAUGCAGUGCGGGCCGAGGGAUAGUAUGAGGGAGAUGAUGAGGGUUAUGGAUCGCGCUAUGGGGGGACGGAGUCGGUAUAGGGCGUUGCUUGGGGAGAAGGCGGGGGAGGCGAUGGGGGGGGAUAGUCCGAGUGCGGGGUUGGAUGCUGGGGAGGGGGUGGGGGUGCAGGAGGGGCUGAGGAGGGGGAGUGGUGAGGUGAAGGGGGAGGAGGGGGAGGAGGGGGAGGAGGUUGAUAUGAAAGAUUUUGAGGCGUUGAGGGGGGCGAGUGUGGCGUGGGUUGGGGCGCUGGGGGAGGCGUAUGGGGGUGAGGAGGGGAGGGUAUAUUCGCGGUAGGUGGCGCGUAUGUGUGUGUUCAGCGAGGUGUUCAGGGACGAAGAAGGGAUGGGAAGGUUCGGAGUGAUUGACAGGGAGCUUGGGUCUGUGGGUGCGUAUUGAUAGGAGUACAGAGUGAUGUGUUGGUGCAGCGAUGAUAUCCGGGGCUACGACCUCAACGCGAAAAUAGUGAUUGACACGGAAGGAAAGGAGCAAAGCGGCGCUCAAAGGGACAAUCUUCUUCGGUAUAUAUAUUUAUAGUACAUUAUUCCCCCCUAGGAACGGGCUGGGGUGGCACGUUAGAUGGGGAGUUUCAACCCCCCAGGCGGGGCGAGGAAAAGGGAAAAGAGACGGGAGAAUUCUCUGUAACAAAUUUUGGACAAUUUUGAAUACUUAUUUUA